GCUUCGUUGUGAAGCGAUUGAAGCCAGACAGCUGAGUUAGCCGUGUUGUAGGGAGAACGUUAGCAGGCGUCGGUUCGGUUAAAAUAAAAAAAGUGACGGGUGUCUGAGAGUCGGAACCGGAACCGGAGUUAGCCUUAGCCAGCCACCAGCAUGGAGGAAGAAAUGGAAAACAAAACAAAUUCGAAGACGGAGAAUGAGAAGCAUUUACCUAAGGAGGAGGGCGAUGUGAAAUAUUACUCGUGCGAGGAGGUUCAAGCUCACAACACCAGCAAAGACGCGUGGCUGAUUAUCCACGACAAAGUUUACGAUAUCACGACUUUUCUCGAAGAGCAUCCCGGCGGUGAAGAAGUGCUCCUGGAGCAGGCAGGUUCGGACGCGACGGAGAGCUUCGAGGACGUCGGCCAUUCCACAGACGCCAGACAGAUGCUCCAGCAGUACUACAUCGGAGAGCUGCACGAGUGUGAGAGAAAGAAAGAGGCUAAAAAGGAAGUUUAUAUCACAACUUCAAAAGAGUCCAGUUCAUGGAGCACCUGGCUGAUUCCUGCCAUAGCCGUGGCUGUUGUAGGCUUCAUGUAUCGAUAUUACAUGUUGGAGCACAAAUCAUCUUGAGCACUACCCAGCAGCUCCUGGAUUCCCGAAACCGUCUGGUACAAGACAGCAGAGCGGUACCUGAUCCGGUUUUGGAUCAGGAUCCAGGCUAGCGCAACAUUUUCUCUCUCUUUCAUCCAGAGGCCUUGGACUUCUCUCUCUCUCUCCCCCUACAUACACACACACACACACAUCACUGUCCUUCUUAUGCCAUCGACUUUCCCGGGAAUACGUGGAGUCACAGAAUUACUCUUUCUUUCCAUGUCUCUUUUUUUUUUUCCUGUCUUUCUCUGUGUGUAUUAGGAGAAGGAUUAGUGCAGGAUGAGGUCAGAACCGGGCCUCGUUUUGGACCGACUCCUUUUGAGACUCGCCGCCUUGACAGUUCAAAUGCAGCACCGAAUAGGAACGUGUUGUACAUGGAGGUCUGUGUGUGUCUGUGUGUGUCUGUGUGUGUGUGUCACCUUCUGGUCCUCAUUUCCGUCCUCUCUUGCUCUGACUGAACAUUGGCAUUAUGCAGAGGGAUUUCAGGAUUAUCCCGUAUCAACAUGUGACUAUUCUUUCUAUCUUUCCCAGUCCCAGUUUAAGAUUGUCCUUGAACUGGCUGAAGGCUACACAAUCAUAACUAGUUAAAAAAAACCUUUACAUUAAGCUUCCCUUAUAAACGUACACUAUUUACUGCAUUAGUGAACUGACGUUAUUUUACCCGUUUAUGCCUUCUAGUUCACUUUCUGAUGAAUAAAAAUGCCCUUUAUUUCUAUAGGCAUGCAGCCUUUAAUGUCAAUUUUUCUUUUUUCUCAAUGCACAAAUGCGAUCUCGGUAGUUUUAAGUGUAUAGGGUUGUUCUUCUGUUCAGGGGCGCCACAGAGGAUCAUUUGGUUCUCAUGUUCCGAUUUGGCACAGGUUUUUACACCGGAUACCCUUCCUGACGCAACCCUCCCAUUUUAUCCAGACUUGGGACCGGCACUGAGAGUUAACUCUUCAGUUUAUGGGAUAGCUCCCUACACGGGAAUCGAACCUGGGUGUUUUAAGUGCAUAGGGUUAUUUUAUUAAAAGUUAAAUCAAUAGAGAUGUGUGGAAUCCUGAUAUUUAUAGUCGUCAAAUUUCCCUCUGCAACAAAGACGCACUUUAAACAAUUCUACACUGUAGUUGUGCGACACUGUCACCAUACUAGAUCUCGGAUGCCUUUUAAUCAAUUUGUGACUUGGUCGAUAUCACAAAAAAAAGUGUAUCGUGAUCUAAUUCAUCACGAUAUCAGUGUUCUAUUAUCCGAUCGCCCAGCCCUGUGACUGUACACUUAAUAAUCAGUAUAUUAUUGAGCGGAUCUUCCAUCUCCUGAACAUCAGCAUUAACGCACCAUCAGGAACACGGGUUAGGGUUGACCUGAUUUAAUACUUAUUAUUUCAUAAUGUAUAUUUUUUUAAAAAAUGACUUAAUAGGCACCAGCGUGUGACAAAACUUUCUAGGCGUCACACAAAAAUUCUGACCUUUCAUUUUAGCCAGUGCCUGUGUUCCAGUGAUUCAGGAGCGUCCAGCUUUUCUCUAGAAAUCCUUCUCCAAUUUCUACUUUAUGCCUCUCAUGGAUUUAGACUUCAGGAAUUCUAAAUCUAGGGAGAAAAGCCCUUAUUUUUUAUAUACGACAUCAGCUAUAUAUGGUCAAAAUGACAAUAAAAGUCUCUUGACUUGAUUUAACCCUUUCAUCUAUUAUUUAUAUAUACGCAUAUCCAAAUCACUUAGUCAUUUUUCCACCCACUCUCUCUUUAUUUUUUUUUUUAACUAAAAAUGACAUGAUAUAUGAUUUUAGAUUUUGUCUAAAUGGGAUGUCCAAAAAUACACACGUCUCUCAGAGC